CUCAACUUUCUUUCAGUCCUGUUGCUCUGUCCUCCUUUUCCUCUCAUUCACUACCAAACAAUCGCUGUAUUCCUCCCCAUCUCUGUCUCCGCUUCCUUUGUUUAGCCAGUCCAAUCUGUCCUCUCACUUUCUGUUUCCGACAAAAGACGAUAACUCUGUUUGUUUCUCUCUGAGCACAGUAAUUGCGGCUCCUUGUUUUCUGGCACCAAAAGACCGAAGCUCCUCUGGAUUAAGGGCUGUUUUGUGCAAGCUGGAUUUGGCUUUGUGCUCUCGAUAAAGGAGGGUUUUACUCCGAAAUCCCAGAAACCUGGAGGAUUUAUUCUCACCACUGAGCAACAGUUGCUUGAAACUUACACAGCAACCAAGACUAUGGAGGUCAGGCAAAGCUCUCUUCGGUCUAAAAGCUAACAAUGUGUUUUCAUCAGAGAAGGACCGCUAAGGAGUAACAAGUGGACAGAAAAGGACAAGCAUUAAAGUUUUCCGGAUCUCCAGUAGUUCUCACUAUCGUCUGUUAUCUGACAUGAAGGGAAAACAUCCAGUGGAUCAGUUCUGUUGAGCUGAACGUGUCCUGGAGGACUUUUUAAACUCUUUUCAACACUUACAAAAAUGGGCAUUCUGAAGAUUUCGUCUUAUUUGAAAAAAAAAAGAUUUACAAACUGUUGCGUAAGAGCUACUUUAUCCUGUGGAAGAUGUAUUUUACUGUAAAGUAGUGUUUGGAUUAUGUAAUAGCUGUCUUGACAGUCGUCUCGGGAUCCUGCUGUGUUUAUUUACCCGACUUCGGCGUUUUGUGAUGCGAGGCUGUGAAGCGCAGAGCUGCCUCUCCGUCCUCGGAGCAGACAGGCACAGGAAGGGGCAGACAUGCGUUUCUAUGGCGAUGAGCGGCUGCAGUCCUUUCCCCUUGUGCUGGGAUAGAGAAUAUGACAGACACCUAGCAGCGGCAGUCUCAGCAGGGAAAACCAUGGCAACAGCCUACAUGGACCCCAACCUGAACAAUGCCUUCCUGGCAGGCGCCAAGUCUCAGCUGAGCACGGGAGGAUCGGACCGCACCAUGGCUGGCUCCGUGGACAGGGUUCUGAAAGUCUUCCAUUACUUUGAGACCAAUGUUGAACACAGCUUCUGGUCUUCCAACAUCAGAUACGGAGAUGCAACUGAUGUCAGGGGGAUCAUCCAAAAGAUUCUGGACAUCAACAAGGUGCGUUGGAUUUCCUGUUUUGGCCUCCGGCUCAGCAACAGCCAGUCCAGAGACCAGGUGCACUGGCUUCACCCUGACAUGGCGGUGUCCCACAUCAGAGAGAAAUACGAACAGGCACGGCCCAACGAGGAGUGGAGGUAUGAGCUAAGGAUCCGCUACCUCCCCAAAGGCUUCAUCCAGCAGUUUACAGAAGACAAACCUACACUCAACUACUUCUACCAUCAGGUGAAAAAUGACUACAUGACACAGUUUGGAGAUCAGGUGGAACAAGAUGUAGCUCUCAAGUUGGGCUGUCUGGAAAUCAGGAGGUUCUUCAAAGAGAUGAGAGGAAAUGCUCUGGACAAGAAGUCUAACUAUGAACUACUGGAGAAAGACGUUGGUUUAAGGCGUUUUUUCCCUAAAGAUUUGUUGGACUCUGUCAAGGCCAAAACUCUGCGGAAGUUGAUUCAGCAAACAUUUAAGCAAGUGGCCAAUCUGAAUGAUGAACAGUGCAUCCUUAAGUUCCUGGAGAUACUGGCACCUCUGUACCGCUAUGACAAGGAGUUCUUUAAGUGCGCCCUGGGGUCCAGCUGGGUGAUCCAGGUAGAGUUGGCAAUUGGGCCAGAAGAAGGCAUCAGUUACCUUACUGAUAAGGGAUCAACACCCACACAUUUAGCCAACUUUAACCAGGUCCAGUCUAUCCAGUACUCAGCUAUGGAGGAGAAAGACAGGAAAGGCAUGCUACAGCUGAACGUAGCCGGGGCUGCUGAGCCUCUCACAGUCACGAUAGCAUCGCUCACGACUGCAGAAAACUUGGCUGACUUGAUUGACGGUUACUGUCGGCUCGUCUCCAUGGAAACCCACUCAUUCAUUGUCAGAGUACAGAAAGAGGGAGAGAGAGCUCUGCCUUCCAUCCCAGUUAAAGUUUCCAAUAAUGAGAAGAAGUUGGAGGCAGUCCGGAGUGGAGUGAGAACGAUCUCCGUCUCUGAUCUAGUGACAUCGACAUCCCCCAAGCCAACCAAGGCACGGCGUUUCCUCCUCCCCUUUGUCUUCUGUUCAGACUCGCCGCCCAACGAAGACCUUAGCGGGGACGAAACAGAUGACUAUGCAGAGAUAGUGGACGAAGAGGACACAUACACCAUGCCCUCCAUGAGCUAUGGAGUAGUUGAAGCACGGGACUAUGAGAUUCAGAGAGACAGGAUAGAGCUGGGUCGCUGCAUCGGAGAGGGUCAAUUUGGCGACGUUCACCAAGGAGUCUACAACUGCCCGGACAAACCGCCUCUGCCCGUUGCCAUCAAAACCUGCAAGAACUGCACCACCGACAGCGUCAGAGAGAAGUUCCUUCAAGAAGCCUUAACGAUGCGUCAGUUCGACCAUCCUCACAUUGUCAAACUGAUCGGUGUGAUCACAGAGAACCCAGUGUGGAUCAUUAUGGAGCUCUGCACACUUGGAGAGCUACGGUCGUUCCUGCAGGUAAAGAAGUACAGCCUGGACUUGGCCACUCUCAUUCUGUUCGCCUAUCAGCUCAGUACAGCGCUGGCCUAUCUAGAGAGCAAACGCUUUGUGCACAGAGAUAUAGCAGCGCGUAAUGUGUUGGUCUCCUCUGUGGACUGCGUGAUGCUUGGAGACUUUGGCCUAUCUCGAUACAUGGAGGACAGCUCCUACUACAAAGCUUCUAAAGGUAAACUGCCUAUUAAAUGGAUGGCCCCUGAAUCUAUUAACUUCAGGAGAUUCACCUCUGCUAGUGACGUGUGGAUGUUUGGUGUGUGUAUGUGGGAGAUUUUGAUGUACGGCAUUAAGCCCUUCCAGGGGGUGAAGAACAACGAUGUGAUCGGCAGGAUAGAGAACGGGGAGCGCCUUGCUAUGCCUCCUCAGUGUCCGCCCACCCUCUACAGCCUGAUGACCAAAUGCUGGUCUUACGACCCCAGCAAGAGGCCGCGCUUCACUGAACUCAAAACACAGCUCAGCACUAUACUGGAGGAGGAGAAGAUUCAACAAGAGGAGAGACUGAGGGGGGAGAUGAGGAGGCAGGUCACUGUCUCCUGGGACUCUGGAGGUUCAGAUGAAGCUCCACCUAAACCCAGUCGACCAGGUUACCCAAGUCCUCGCACCAGUGAGGGCUUCUUCUCCAGCCCGCAGCACAACCACUUCCAGCCGACAGCUCAUGGUGGUGUUGGAGGAGUAGGGGGCAGCUAUCCUCCCCCUGAUUCCUGGAAUCAGCUCAGACCCGAACAUACGGCCCUAUGGAACCCAAAUAUGGAGGAGAGAGUGUGUGUUAGCCAGGCUAUGAUGGAGGAGACGCUGAUGAAGCAGCAGCAGCAGAUGGAGGAAGACCGACGGUGGCUGGAGCAGGAGGAGAGCCUCAUGAAAGCAGAGUCCAGGAACAGCAGAGGCAGCAUCGACAGAGAAGACGGCACACUACAAGUACCGGGUGGAAGUCAACAUAUCUAUCAGCCUGUCGGCAAACCAGAACAUGUAGCCCCCCCUAAGAAGCCCCCCCGUCCUGGGGCUCCGGCUCACCUCCCCAACCUCACUAACCUCCCAACAGUGGACAGCUACAACGAUGGAGUCAAGCCGUGGAGGUUACAGCCACAGGAGAUCAGCCCACCCCCCACAGCCAACUUGGAUCGUUCCAACGACAAAGUGUACGAGAACGUGACGGGGCUGGUCAAAGCUGUGAUCGAGAUGUCCAACAGGAUCCAGCCUGCUGCUCCUGAGGAGUAUGUCCCCAUGGUCAAGGAUGUUGGUCUGGCUUUGAGGACUCUACUGGCAACAGUGGAUGAAACGAUUCCUGUGCUUCCAGCCAGCACACACAGAGAGAUUGAAAUGGCCCAGAAGCUGCUGAAUUCCGACUUGGCCGAGUUGAUAUCAAAGAUGAAGCUGGCACAACAGUACGUCAUGACAAGUUUACAAAAGGACUACAAGAAGCAGAUGCUCAUGGCCGCUCACGCUCUGGCAGUAGAUGCCAAGAACCUGCUGGACGUCAUCGACCAAUCACGACUCAAGAUGAUCACCCAGCUCCGCCCACAAUAGUCCAGGAUCAGGACGUGCCAAAGAGCAUUGAGACCAGUGGACCGGCUCACAGACUGUUUGGCGGAUAUCUGUGAUGGGUAGAUGAAAGCAAGGGAUGGAUGUUUGGACUGCAGACUUGACUGAAACAAUCAGCCCUCAUCUGAAAAAAUCCAUGACUUCCUUUCUAUCCGGAAUCACUUGUGGUUUUAUUCCAUUUUUCUAUUUUUUACAUGUUGGCUGAUGUAUCCAGAGGAACACUGAUUAAAAAAAUCGGAAAAA